AUGCAUGCAGCAUUCUCGUCUGAGUUUUAUACCUCGCCAGCCAUCCCAUCCAACUCCCAGGGUCGUAUCAGGCAUGUCAAUAUGCUGGCGCCUCUGGAACCAGAUAGCGAAAUAUCCGAGGAGAUGGUUUGGGACGUCGUCUGCAGGUGGCACGGCAUGCGUUUCCUUUUUGAUUUAUAUUGUGAUAAAUCUACAUCGGAUGCUUAUAUGGACUCGAUCUUCUCAUAUGUUCUCUGGCCGGGAAAAACGGAUUCCGUUGUGAUCUCAGCAACCGAGCCUGAUUUGCCAGUCCUUUCCCACCAGCCAAACGAUUUCGUAAAAAGGUCCACUAGACAGCUCAAAGUAGCUGCUUAUGAACGGUUUUACAAGGCCUUAACUGCACAAUGGGCUUCCAUUGAGAGCCUGUGGCAGGUCAGAAGUCAGGUUUGGCCAAACGCUGAACAAUUCGACAAAAACUUCGAGUCCACAGUGGAUAAAUGGUCGAAUAAUCCCGCAAGACCCUUUCGUGAAAAGUUAGACAUUGUGGAAAUCAUUGAUUUCGUAUGGGCGUUUCUUGGGCGAAAAGCAUUUGAAGUACCCGAUGUACCUGCUUGGCUUGAGAACGAAGGGGACCGUGUGAGACAGGAGUAUAUCGACGGCAGGGAUAGCCAGAUAGAAAAUUGGGGCUACUUUGUACGAAGCAUUCUGCAAUUCUUGCGACCUCCCCAUGUAAUACAACUGGUAUGCUGGGACUUAGCAGAAUGGAAUCUCGACAAGCCUGGGUUUCUUCGCGGUCUGGGGCUAUUUGAUACCUGGCAAGGCAUCAUUACUGACGGCGAUAUGCCCAUGUCCGACAAUUGGGUGCCUUUGAAUAUUGUGGAUGAGGAUGUGGCAAAUUCAUUUGAAACUUAUGGUGAGCUUAGAAUCAGUUGGUAA